GUUUCCUCUUGCCCCAGACUGAGGAAUGCUUCCUCUUCCAACAGAGCCUAGCACAUGAACAAGCGGUGGCAGAAAUGGGCAUCAAAGAUGGAUGGCCAGCCAGCAGCUGGGUCGCGCUCACAAACUGGAACCUGGGACCAAGGUUCUGGAAUACACUGAGGGAGAAUUGGCAUCUCGGGUUUACUGCAUUUGGCGGGCCGCCGGUGCAUUUCAAGAUUUUCCGCGACAAAUUUGUCAACAAAUCGCAAUGGAUUGACGAGCAAAUGUACCAAGAGCUCUUCAGCGUUUGUCAAGCCGUCACCGGCCCGGCCAGCACAAAGAUGCUCUAUUGCAUCAAUUUGAUCCAUGACGGUCUUUUGCCUGCCGUGCUGGCGUUUCUUCUCUGGAGCCUUCCUGGUGCCCUGGGAAUGUUCGGCCUCGCCAUUGGCAUCUCCAACGUUGGCGAGACGCUUCCCCGAGCCGUAUAUGCGCUGCUCUCAGGGCUGAAUGCCGCCACCGUUGGGAUUAUCGCGCUUGCUGGCGUGCAGCUUGCGCAAAAGGCCAUCACUGACAAGCUCACGCGGCUGCUGGUCUUCUUCGGUGCUGCUGCCGGCUUGUUGUACAAUGCGCUGUGGUACUUGCCGGUGUUGAUGUUGAUUGGCGGAAUCAUUACCGUUGUCUACGAUUUCCGCUGGUUACAUGGGCCGGUCAAGUGGCUCGUUGGUUUGCCGAAAAGAGCCAGGGGAGGCAGGAGAAGGGAACGAGCGGCGGAGGUGGAGGAGGAUGAAGAGCACGAGAUGUCUCGACCGCAGCACCCCGUACAGCCAGGAGCAGCAGCAGCACCACAGCCACCGCUUACCCGCACGGCAUCCGCCAACAGCUCCCGCACAGAUGCCGCCCGCCAGCGGCUCCCCGUCACCAACCAAGACACCCAACACGAAAGCCAACGCGAGACUCCGGGCGCGGACCACAGCCAAGAAGAAACUCGCAUCGUCCCCGCGGACCGCCGCCUCAAGAUAGGCUGGAAGUCCGGCCUGCUUCUGAUCGUCCUCUUCCUGCUGUCCUUCGCAGCGAUCAUGGCGGUGCGCAGCAGCGCGCUCGCGCACGAAUCCAACUCGCUGCUCUACCGGCUCUUCUCCAACAUGUACCUGGCCGGCACCAUCAUCUUCGGUGGCGGGCCGGUCGUGAUCCCGCUGCUGCGCGAGUACGUCGUCGCCGAGGGCUGGGUCUCGGCCCGCGACUUCCUGAUCGGCCUCGCCCUGAUCCAGGGCUUCCCGGGGCCCAACUUCAACUUCGCCGUCUACCUCGGCGCGCUGGCCGCCUUCAACGCCGGCUAUUCCCCCGCCGCCGGCGCCGUGCUGGCCUUCGUGGGCAUCUUCCUGCCGGGGCUGGUGACGGUGCACGGGAUCAUGGGCGUGUGGCGGGCCGUCCGCGGGUGGCGGUGGGUCAGGAGCGCGCUGAGGGGGGUGAAUGCUGCGGCCGUGGGCCUGAUCUAUACGGCUGUGUAUCGUUUGUGGCAGAUCGGCUGGAUUGAUGAAGGGUUCGAGCAGGGGACCAGCCUGGCGGAUGACCCGUGGUGGGUCGUGGUUACGGCGACGAGUUACGUGGGCGGCUGUUGGUUUGGCAUCAGCCCUCCUGUUGCUUGCAUCUUCGGAGCUGUUUUGGGCUUGGUGAGGUACGGUGUUGUUCAGGGGCAGGGGCUGUAGGGGCAGGCAGCUCUGAUGAGUGUGCGUGUAUCCAAGGAAUGGAACCGCUUGCCCUGUUGCCAGA